AUGCAAUUGUGCAAUGGAGAUGAUUUGGGUCUCUCCCAGCCUAGUAUAAGCAGAGUGAUAUCUGAAACACUGGAUGCAUUAUCCACAAAUGACAUGCUGCGUCGAUUUGUUAAGUUCCCAAGAGAAAUAAGAGACAUUCAGAGGAAACAAACUGAAUUUAUGCAGAUUGCAAACAUGCCUGGUGUUGUUGGAGUAAUAGAUGGUACACAUAUUAGAAUAGUGGCUCCAAAAGAAUUUGAAGCUGAAUAUGUUAACAGGAAAAAUUUCCACAGUAUUAAUGUGCAAUUGGUUUUUGAUGCCAAAUACAAAAUAAUUAAUAUUUUUGCAAACUGGCCUGGGUCUACACAUGAUGCGCGUAUACUGCAACAGAGUGGACUCAAAACAUUGUUUGAUCGUAAUAUUCUCCCGCCUGGAUGCCAUCUUCUUGGAGACAGUGGUUACCCUGGCAAACGAUGGUUGCUAACACCUUAUCUCCAACCUCAGUCCAAUGCGCAAAUAGUUUAUAACAGGUAA